GACGUCAUAAAAGACGUGUCAGUGGAAGGAGUAGACAGGAUUGUGGAGGAGCAUGUUGAAAAAUGUCCGAUUACUUUAAUUUAUUGUACGGCGUGAAUAGUAGUAAACAGAAGGAUUUGUGUUGACGCGCAUGUGAUCGUUGGAUCGGCAUCGAUAUACGUUUAUCAUCGAGCCAGGAAGUAUCACGUGGACGAAAAGGAAAUUAGUUUUCGACUAGUCAGACACGCCGACCGAAAUAUCUUCGAAAAAUAAAAGUGGUGGACGGUGUUGUUUUGUUCCUGCAAGUUUUAUCUGGGCGAGAUUUUUUUGCACGUAUAAUUUUCUAAAUUACCGGAAGAAUUGAAAAUAAAUCAAAGAACAUUCAAAUAUAAGAGACUUCGGAGGAGCUGAGCAACGAUGGAAGCUGCUAGACAGGAAUGAUAGAAUGCAAGAGGGUAGCACCGCCGUGGCGCUAGCAAUGGUGACUCCUGGCUACGAUCAGGACCCUGCAAGUGGGGUUGCCGAUUACACAACUCAUCAAGAUCAGGCUCAAUUCGAAGCAGACAAGAGGGCAGUGUACAAACAUCCCCUCUUUCCAUUGCUCGCGUUACUUUUCGAAAGAUGCGAACAAGCUACUCAGAGCUCGGACAACUCAACGUCCGAAAGUUUCAACAUGGACAUACAGGCCUUCGUCCAACACCAAGAAAGAGACCGAAAGCCAUUUCUGAUCAAUGACCCAGAAAUUGACGGUUUAAUGAUCAAGGCGAUACAGGUGCUACGAAUUCAUCUACUCGAACUGGAAAAAGUGCAGGAACUGUGCAAGGACUUUUGCAACAGAUACAUCACAUGCCUGAAGGGCAAGAUGCAAAGCGAGAAUCUGCUGCGCAGCGAUUACAGUCACCAUGGACACGAUAUGGGUCCAUCGAGUGGCAGCAACGGGAGCAGUCCUUUGCAGGUGCUGUCUUCUACAGGCAAUGAUGUUGAGUCGGGAGCUAACGGAUUCAGAGUGAGCAGAGGUGAUAUCCUGUCGGAGAACGGUGGUGCGAGUCAGUUGGCUGCGCAAGAGGAAACCGGUAACGACAGGCCGUCGUCGGUGCGAUCAUCUUCCACUGCUCAACGCUCAAACAGAUCCUCCAGUCAAGACCAUGACGAUCCUCUAUCACCUUCUACGGUACAUGGAAGUACACCCCUUUCGCAGAUCGGUGCUCAUUCCUGUGCGCCAGUCAACGAUAUGUAUCUUGGUCAAGAUGAUAUGGACUAUGUGAAUAUUGGCGACAGAAUAUAUUUAGAAGAGGCUGGCUAUUGGGGCCUUCUUGCUUUACAAGAGCGUGAAAAUGAAUACGUCGAUGUCGGAGAUGCGAAUGAUGAAAAGUAUUUUGAUAUCACUGUGGCGGGUUCUCCUUCACCUGCACCAAGCGAAGACGAAGACGAAGUGUGUGGCACUGGUACUGCUAUUUCCAAUCACAGUAGUAGUCACGGAGGUAAUCAUAGUAGCGUUAAAAAGGGAAGACAAAAACGAGGUGUCUUACCUAAACAAGCUACGAGCAUUAUGCGAACUUGGCUUUUUGAACAUUUAGUUCACCCAUAUCCCACGGAGGAUGAGAAACGUCAAAUUGCAAGUCAAACGAACUUAACGUUAUUACAAGUUAAUAACUGGUUCAUCAAUGCUCGUCGACGAAUUCUUCAGCCGAUGCUGGAUGGUGCCGGGGCGGAUUCGGUGCAACGCGCUGGAAAACGUCACAAAGUAUCAAAGCACGUGGUGCAACAUCAACACGUGCAACAACAGCAAGGAGGCGGCUGGCAAUCUGAAGACUCUGGGAGCGAUUCAGGCUCCAGCGACGGUGAGGGAGGUGCCGAUAGAUCGAAAGAUGGUAAUGAUAGCGAUGAAGAUGAUCUUCACUGACCUCUGUCGAUCAUCGAUCAAUCAACCUCUUUACGGUACCUUCAAAUCCAGUUGCUCAUUACAGUAUUAAGGUAUUCGAGAAUAGAUUUCGCUUUAACUGUCAAAUACGUAAUUAUUCUCGCGAAAAUCAAGGGUAUUAUCGGUCGAGGUUAUCACGCUCUCUUAUCGGACCCGAUAGUUUCUUCGAUCUCCUUCUCUAUCCGUGGAGCAUCUUAGCGUUUUUUUAAGCGUCAUUAUCUCUACAUUAACUACGGUCCGAGAGAAAAGAUUGAAAAGAAAUAUUGUAUAAUUCGAAUUAUCAAAUAUGUUCUCCUCUUUUUUCCUUUUUCUUUUUCUCCCGCCAUAUUGUCCGCAAGAACAAUAUAUAUGAUCACGAUACGGAAAAAGAUUCAUCGAUCGAUUUAGAAAGCAAAUUUUUGAAUAUGAUGAAACUUAGGAUUGUUAUUUAAUCAGUUUUAUUUAGAAUCGUUGAUAAAUAAGCUACGUUGUAGCAGUUUUUCACCAUAAAAUAGUUUCUUUGUUUCUCGCGAUUGUUUCUUUUCAAACGAUUGUUAAUUUGCAUAAUAUAGAGUUUAGGAUGAACGAAUGAAAAUACUACGUGUGUAGUAUAAGUUAUCAUUUGUAUCAUUUAUUAAACCAUAGAUCUACGACUAUUUGUUGAACAUCGUUUAAUUAAUUAAAGCGUGGUUCUUAUAUAUAUAUCGAUAAUUUGUAGGAACAAAUUAUUAUUUUUUCGAAAAGAACAUUGAAUAUUUACACUAAGAGAGAUUGUUAGAGGUCGUAACAAACAUAUUUACCUGUAAUAUGUACAUUCUUUUCAUAUGGUGUAGAGUAUGAACAAAACGUUUCAACACUCAACGUUUAAAUGAUAAAAAAAAAAGAAGAAAAAGUUAAAUCUAAGGUGACGACAAAAAACUCAACAUUAAUGUUUAUAUAUUUUUAUAUCAAGACUUUAUUUCUUUCGAAAUGCGUUUUCUUGACUUUACAGCAAAACGUCUUUCAAUGUUUAACAAUAAUAAAAAAAAAAACAGAACAAGAGCAGUGCAUGAUUACAAACCAUGAUUUCUACGAAAAAAAAAAAAAAAAAAAAAAAAAAAAGAAACGAAAAUAACAAUUUUUAUUAAUUACAUUUAUUUUAUAAAUUCUGGACGGAUUUAUGAAUUAUGGAAGACUAAUAGUUAUAUAAUUUUAAGUAAAAAAAAACAAAAAAAAAAAACGAAGAUCAUCGUCUGACUAUUUAUUGGUUCAAUAGAGCCUCAUAUAUAGUUAACUUAACUUUCGAAUAGUUCUGACAGAAAUAAAAAAAAAAAUAUUUCUGUAUAUACUUAGUACUUUCUAUAUAGCGUAUAUCGAAAUCGUCCAUAUGAGACUAUGUAUAAUAUAGAAAUCUUAAUAAUAAUAACGGCAAUGAACGGUCGUUCUCAACCCUUCCUAAAAUAAUUAAAAUAAGCUAUGAUGAUAUUAUGCUAUUACAUUUAAAAUAGACGAGAUAUGUUUUUCUGAUCGAUCGCCAACUAACGAAAAAGUGAAAGAAAAAUUUAACUCUCUAAAAAAAAAAAAAAAAAAAAAUCAUGAUGAAUUAAUAGAUGAUUAUGAUGAUCGGUCAAUAAGACGGUAACAAUCUCGGUCUUGUACUCUUCGUGCCAUUAAAGAGCGUGGUAACUUCCGCGUUUAGUCUUUGUUCAGCUCUGCAGUGUCGUGACAUAGCGAAGUGCUAUCCCUCCAAGAUAAUAAUAAUAAUAAUAAUAAUAAAUAAUAAAUAAUAAUAAUUAAUAAUAAUAAUAAUAACAAUAAUAUUAUUAUUAAUAAUAAUACUAUUACGACUAAUAACGAUAACAACAACAAUGAUAAUAUAAUGCUACUUUAAAUAUAUGAUGAUUAUAUUUUUAAACUCUAAGUGUCGUCUUUAAAAAAAAAAAAAAAAAAUAAUGCGUGUAUCGCAGUUGAACAAAUGUGGUACUGCUGUACAUAUACAAUAUACAAGAACUAUUAGAGAUAAAGGGAAAUAACAUUAGUGCGAUUGUCCAAGAAGAAAACAAGAGGAAAAAAAUGAAGAAGAAUAUGAUUAUAAUAAUAAUAAUACUCUCUUACAACAACAAGAGAAAAAAAAAGUCUAAAGUCUAUCCUCGACACAUGCCAUCUUAGGGAUAGUAAGUGUUCAUACAUUCGCUGUCUGCAUAUGAUUGGUUGCGUUUUACUGACAGUGUCCUCCAGAUCGCGAGUGCUGAAUACUUAGCAAGAUGUAAUUUUUAAUUAAUUAAAAAAAGAAAAAAAAUCAAUGGAAAUUGUUUUAAAUUUCAUGAUGAUUAAUCAUGUAUAUAUAUAUAUGCUCUUCCUAUAUACUUGUCUUCGAUUGUUCUUUAAUUAUUUCCAAGCGUUCCGUCCAUCACAUUUUCAACAUUGUUCAAAUAUGCUUCUCAGAUCUUUGACUGCCUUCGAAGUGCUAUUCUAAAAAGAAGAAGAAAAAGAAAAAAAAAAAAAAGAAACAAGCAUUUUUUAAAUAAUCAUUUAAACAUCAUAUAGAAAUGUAAUUGCCUGAAGAAAACGAUUAACAAUAAUUUUCACCGUUUCUUUUACCGUUCUUUCAAUCUAUUUAAAAAUGAUCGUAUAUUGUGUAUUUUAUUUUUUACAGCCGCAAUGGAAAUUAUUUCUGUGUAUACAAUUAUAUUUUACAGAUUUAUAAAAUGUGUUUAAGAUGAAAUCGAUAAGCGUAAUAAUUCGAGAAUUUAAAAAAAAAAAAAAAAAAAGAAAAUAUUAUUCGUUUCCAAUGAAUUCAAGAUUUUUUUAAAUAAACUAUACCGAUAUUAAUGUUAGUAUACAGCACUCUCUUGAUUUCUAACGUGGCCACACGUAUCUAGAAAUUUAUAAUCUAUAGUCAUACGGCUAAUAAAUGAGAACGCUAAUCCAUUGAUUGAAACAAUUAGAGAAUUGUCCGCAUACGUAGUCGAUUUUUGAUCAUUGUUCUCUUGUUAAAAAAGAAGAUAUAACAAAAUGAUAAAAUUAAAUUUUACGGAUGCAAUGAUGAGAAAAUAGCAAAAUAUAUACUUACUCGCAAAUAAAUAUAAAAAUUUAAACGAUUUUUGAUCUGUUGAGAAGAAAAAAAAAAAAGUUAUAAGUUCUACCUACAUUUAAAUCAGAUUUAUUUUGCUAUUAAUUGGAAUUUAUUAUAUUUAUCCCGAAAUGUAAUUGAUGUACAUAGCCGAACAGGCACAAGGUGCUUCCAUUAGUAGCUUACAAGCUUUUUCUGAGCAUUGUACGAUACAAACCGAUUUCUACUCGAAUAGUUGAAACUGCUUGAAACUGUUAAAAAAAAAAAAAAGAAACUUUUAGAGGAAAGAAACAAGUUGAUCGAGGCUUA